AUGUCAGAGUCAAUCUACUCACCGGCCAAUCUUUCCAUUGCCGGCAUUGCUCAAGAUGACCGGUAUGCGCAGCCGAACACCGACAUCACAAGUGUUGCCGCCGUCACGGGCAGCUCCGCUGCUGGCCGUACCGCCGCGAGUACCGCCUCGAAACGACAGCCGCAGAUCCUGCGUCGCGUGGAUGAGCUCACGGACGAGCCCUUCGCCCAAGGCCGCUCCGUCGUGGGAACCUCGAAAAACUAUCUCGUGACGUCAUUGCUCUCCGACUGUUUUGGGAUCGGGGUUCGGGGUAAGUACCCAGACCGCAGCUCGGCCGCCAAAUCGGACAAGCCCGUGUUGUUCGGGGCGCAUAUAUACAGGCCCAAGCGGCGGCGAGAGAUGAACACGUUCACCGAUUUGCUCUCGGCGGCGGUCAAGGACGGGUUUGUAGCAGAGGAAGUCAUAGCUGUCAUGGCCAACCCCGAGAGCAUGAGAGAGAUCUCAGUGCAUCAUUACGAGGACCAGAAGGAAUUCAACAGCUUCGUCCUCGAAGAGCUGAAAAAGGCGCUUGGAAGGAGCUACGCGGGCCCAAUUGAGGAAGAGACGCACCGUUGGCAAACAAGCUGGAGCUUAUCUAUUUACCCGGAUAAAAUCCUUGCUGAGGCAGGUGAUAUCGGUGUUGCAUACGAGAGUGAUGGGACGGACGAGGGAUGGGAGUCUGAUGAGUCCGACUAG